AUGGUAAUAUAUACUCUAUCCUUCUCGCGACCCAUCUUUUCUUUCUUUUCUUCCGGAAAGAGUUUCUCUUUUACUCUUUAUAUAAACAUCUUUCCUCCUCCUCUCUCUCUCUCUCUCUCUCUCUCUCUCUCUCUUUUCCUGUAUAAGAAAUUAUUUUUCUCUUUUAUAAUCUUUUCCCUUUUUUUUCUGAUUUUUCUAUCUUCUCCCUUUUUUUUUCUUCAUUUUUCUUUCUUCCUUUUUCUUUCUUCAUUUUUCUUUCUUCUUUUUCAUCCCUGUUCAUAUAUUUUAAUUGUUUCUACCAUUUUUAUCAUGCAUAACUCCUACUUCUUUAUGAUUUUUCAUUUCUUUCGUUCAUUUUUUUUCGAUAAUUUUUGUUCAUCCCGUUUUCAUCUUUCAAAACUCUAUUAUGCUUCAUUCCUCACCUACUUUUCUCUUUUAGUUAUUUAUUCUUUCCUUCCUUUUCUAUAUCACUUUUUGGUUAUUCAUGCUAUUAUUGUUUUUCAUUCACACUCUUUUUUUUUCAUAAAUUUCAUUCAUCAAAUUUCUUCUAAUUUUUCUACGAUUUCUUUUUUCUAUGAUUCAUCCCCCGCUUCUGUAUUUUUCUUUUCUAAUUCAUUUUUCUUAUCUUUCUUUUGUUCACCUUUUUAUUACGUAUACAUGUUCAUUUUUCAAUAUUUUCAUCGUUUUCUUCAUCUCUCGAUACAGCUUUCUUCUUUUUUCUUUUUGGCCUUUGUUUUAAAUAUUGCAACCUUUUAUGUUAACCUCUCUUCUCUCUUUUUCUUUUUAUUCUCCUUCUUUCUUAUUCAUUUAUUUUUAUUCCUCUAUAUUUUUCAAUUUUCUUUUCCUUCUUUUAUUUUUAUUCUUUUUGUCGUCUUCCUGUUUUCGUCAUAUUUUUCUGUCUUUCCUCAUUCCUUUUAUCCUUCUCCCUCCGCUCUCUUUCGAUUUUUUCUCCAAUUUCUUUCCUUCCUUUCCUUUAUCUCCUCUUUCUUUUAUUCUUUCUUUUUACUUUCUUUCACAGCUCCUGAACCCAAAGAUAUCAGCGGUCUUCAUCAGGAUGUAAUUGCUUUAAAGGAGGCAACUGCAGUAAGCAAGACGAUGUCCAGUCGCCGGAGGUGGGGGGGGUAG